GACUUAACUGGUAUACCAUGCAAACAUGCUGUGUGUGCUAUUUGGUUGAAGUAUGGAAGAGGUCCAGUUGAUGCUUACGUGCACCCAUGUUACACAAAAGAAUCAUAUUUGAAGAUAUAUGCUGGCAGUAUAAAGCCAAUGGCAGGCAAAGAUGAGUGGUCUAUUUCUGAUAAAAUUCCCCCACUUCCUCCUGUGUAUUCAGCCAAGCCCGGAAGGCCAAAAAAACUGAGGAGGAAAUCAGCUGUGGAUCUAAGCAAUGAUGGAGUGAGAGUAGCAAGGACACACAUCAAGAUGCAUUGUUCAAAGUGUAGAAAAGAAGGCCAUAAUGCAAGGAGGUGUCCUAAAGAUCCAAAUAACAAAGAGAAUCUGCUUCAACCUAGAAAAAGAAAACCAAAAUCUGCACCAAGGCAUAGUGGAGGAAGUGUUGGUGAAAGUGCUGGUAAUGAGGAUGUGGGAGCACCCAAGGUUUCUGCUUUAGAUGAGGACAACCUUAUGGAUAUCAAUAUGCAAUAUGAAGACUUCCCAUCUUUAGGACUUGAGUUUCCUAUUGUUGUUUCAGUGGAAGAUACUUCAAUGUUCACUCAAGUGAGUGACCAAGAAGCUGAAAAACUAAGUGGCCAAGAUGCUGAAAGAGAGACUGGAGAAGGGACUGAAACCCAAAGUCAGGAUAGUGCUGCAAACCAGAGUGAUGCUAUUGAUGAAAACAAGAUUGAUGAUGUUGACAAAGAC